AUCACGGGGUGUUUGAGACCCUGCUGUAGACGUGACAUGGCCUGUGGGGAAAAUCGUUGGUUACUCUCUGACUCGCUCGCACACGUUCCUUUGCUGCGUUGGAUGCAAGGUUGAGAUGAAAUCCGUUGGCCGCGAAGAAAGGACGAGGAAUGGAAGCACGAUCUCCUAGGAGCCAUUUCCUGCUGGCUGCUUCGUUUUUUAGGACGUGGAGACCACAAGGCCGAGGGUAGUCUGAUUGGUGAGCUCUUUACAACUCGCCUGUCUCCGCCACGUGGCAGGACGUUACGUUAGCUACGAGGACAUGGCCCGCGCUCCUCCUACGCGACUCCUUCCGUUAGCAACGGAACAAGCGGGAAUCUAUUUAUAUCAUCGUAUCUAGCAUUGGUGUGUAUUGAAAGCAACCCGAUUACCAAGUUCAUAAUUUCUGUCCGAGAAGCUUGAUACGGUUGGUUCGAGACAGCCAUGGCUUUAAUCCGCUUCUAUCCUAGCAUCCUCGUCCUCCUCGCCGUGCUUUCAGCUUGCAAUUUCGAGAGAGCUUGCGGGUGGUACAUGCCGAAACCCGGAACGACGUUCUUCUGGCAACUGAGCGCAACAGACGACGCUUUGGACAUGAGCCACCCAGCGAAGCUCUACACCGUUGACUCUUCGUUGUCGGCGAAGAGCAUCGCGAAACUUCGCAACGCGGGAAAGGUGGUGAUGUGUUACAUCAGCUUCGGGACUGCCGAGGACUACCGCAGCGACUACAACCAGUUCCCGAAAUCCGUUAUUGGCGGACUCACUUGCAGGAACGAGGCGUGCACCGAUGUGUGGCCCGGGGAGAGAUGGCUGGACAUCAAGAGCCCUGUAGUGAAGAGGAUCAUGGAGAAGCGAGUCCAGUUGGCAAAGAGCAAGGGGUGCGAUGGGGUCGACCCUGACAACAUGAACGCGUAUGACAACAACAUCAUGGCUCGACCCAUCAGCCGAUUCACCAUCACUGCCAAGGACCAGUUCAAGUAAAACUCAUGGAUCGCCAACAUUGUUCACAAGUACGGCAUGUCAGUGGGUCUCAAGAACCCUGGCCCGCUCGCCCCCUCCUACAUGGCCGACCUGUUUGACUGGGCGAUCAUCGAGAGCUGCGUGUACUUCAGCGACUGGAGCAAUGACGCGUGGUACAGCGGCAAGUAUGCCUGCGACUACUCCAACGAGUUUAUCGUCCGCAACAAGGCAGUGUUCUCGAUUGAGUACAAGGAGCUCUGGGGGACGUCAGCAUCAACAGUGAAUGACAUCCAAUUCCCACAGACCAUGUGUGCGGUCAGCAACGCCCACGGGUUUAACACCAACCUUUGCAGCUUUAGUCUUGGCACUGGCCCACGCUACCCCUUCGCCAACUGCCCUCUCCACAAGCCUGCAGGGUGUGAUAGUGUGUGGAAGCAGUGUAUCAAGCAGGAUGUGUAUGCGCAGUACAAGCAGCAGGGCAUGGCGAGAUGGGAUGCUGUGGGGCAAUGCAUGAGGGCGAAGAAAGCAGCAUGCAGAUACAAGGCUUGAUUGUGCACAAUAUGCCACUGGUUUUCAUGACGAGAGCUUACUGUUCUUAGUGGCUAUGCCACGAGUAAGUGCAGAAGGUCUACCAUACGCCACCAAUGUAUCAGAAUAAUUGAAUAAUGGUAAAGAUGAGAG